AUGUACAUUUAUGCGGUACAAACCACGGAGCCGAUCAUUGCGGGGAAGGCGCCGGAUCCCGGUCGGCCUGCCGACGGCAGGACGGGCCAGAAGAAGUUUGAUUUGGCGAAUCCCGGCGCACACAAUACAACCAUAACACAGGUAAAAUCACACUCGGGGGCCACCCCAAUCCAGCUGGCUGAACGGAAAAAAGCAUUUUCCGCUGAGCCACAGGGUUCAGAGGGUCCAGAGAUGCAGAUGGAGGCUGAAAGGUUGAUAUUGCUUUUCAUAUAUUCAGGGUCCACCGGGUACGGAAUACUCCGUCCCUAG